UCGAGUAUGCAGUUGACUAACACGUCUCAGACCAGGAAGGACUUUCUACGCCCUUGAAGGACCGAGAACACCCAUAUCAAGCGACACCCGUGGACUGUCAGACAACAUGGCUGCCAUAACCAGUCAUAUCAAUAGUAGCAGGAACUUUAGCCGCUCUAGAGUUCCUGCGUUGAAAGUCAAGACUACAUUGGGGGAUCCAGUCGGUUCUGAUGGAAAAGGAAAAGCACUUGCAUCCGAUGACUGGCGCAAGCAUGCGUCUGCCCCUGGAAUUUCAAACAAGGGGAACCUCCGGAAAAAGAUUGCUCAACGGUCGAGCGCCACAGAGCACUCCAUGGAAAUGCCUCGCGAACCUGGGUUCUACCGCCCAAAUGACGGCCAAACUGCUUAG